CAUUUUGUGGAAAAACAAGAAUUCAAAUAAGCAAAUUGAGAUUCCUUUCUGAACUACAAAACAAAUAAAUAAAUGGGACCCGUCAAGAGGGGGUUGCAAAUCUUUUUCUGAAAAAUGUUUUGGCAUUAUAAGCUGUAAGAGCUGGUUUGAACUGAAACUGCUAGUUCUAGCUGAUCUCUUUGAAGAAUCUUCAUUAUUGAGGUGCUAGCAAAGUUGGGUAGUCUGCUCUUUGAUCUUGGGGAAAUGAUUGCUAUAUUAAUGAUUAACCCUUUUAGUGAUUCCGGUGUUUGAUCUUUUGGUGAUUUCUUGAAAGUUUUUCAUCAGUGGAGUGUUUGCAAAGUUGGGUACUUCAAAUUUCAGUGGUUGCGCUUAAUUCUUGAUUGGGGUUUGUGUAUGAUUGUUGAUUUCAGGAAGAUGUCUGCUUGUAAUUUUUUUGGCUAGUUUUCUUUCUAAGGCCUGUUCUUUGGACUGUUGGUAAUUUGGUUGAAAAAUCUUCUGCUGGUAGAAUGUUUCCACAGAUUGCAGUUCUUCUAAAAGGACAUUAUGGAGGACAAGUCUGCAAUUGCAAAAGACAUUACUGAAUUAAUCGGCAAGACCCCUAUGGUAUACCUCAAUAAGAUUGUGGAUGGAUGUGUAGCCCGUAUUGCUGCUAAGCUGGAGAUGAUGGAACCCUGCUCCAGUGUUAAAGACAGGAUUGGGUAUAGCAUGAUCAAGGAUGCUGAAGAUAAGGGCCUGAUUACACCAGGAAAGACUGUCCUCAUAGAGCCUACUAGUGGUAAUACUGGCAUAGGGCUGGCAUUCAUUGCUGCAGUUAAGGGUUACAAGCUUGUUAUUGUCAUGCCAGCUUCAUUUAGUCUUGAGAGAAGAAUCAUUCUUCGAGCUUUUGGAGCUGAGUUGAUCAUCACAGAUCCUGCCAAAGGAUUUAAGGAGCAACUUCGGAGAAUUGAGGAACUAUUGAAAAAGAUACCAAAUGGUUAUGUUCUUCAGCAAUUUGAAAAUCCUGCUAAUCCUCGGAUUCAUUAUGAAACCACUGGACCAGAGAUAUGGGAAGGAUCUGGAGGGAAAGUAGAUGCCCUUGUCUCUGGAAUAGGGACUGGGGGUACAGCAUCUGGUGCGGGGAAGUUCCUCAAGGAGAAAAAUCCUGAGAUUAAGGUAUAUGGUGUAGAGCCAGUGGAAAGUGCAGUUUUGAGUGGUGGAGAGCAUGCCCCGCAUAAGAUCCAAGGAAUUGGUGCUGGUUUCAUCCCCGCUGUUUUGAAUGUCAGCAUACUCGAUGAAGUUAUUCAAAUAUCAAGUGAUGAAGCCAUUGACACUGCCAGGGCUCUUGCUUUGAAGGAAGGUUUGCUGGUAGGCAUAUCAUCUGGUGCUGCUGCUGCUGCUGCAAUAAAGAUAGCAAAGAGAGCAGAAAAUGCUGGAAAACUCAUUGUUGUGGUUUUCCCCAGCUUUGGAGAGCGUUAUCUGUCUACCGCACUGUUUGAUUCUCUGAGGCAUGAAGCAGAAAACAUGGUCUUUGAGUGAGGAGAGCUGAAACAGUGGUGAUGCCAAACCCAAUAGCAACUAUGCAUCCAACCCAAAGAUGAAGCACAAUCAUAAGAAGAUCUACAUAUUUGGUGAUUUAUUUCAUUUCUGUUUGUUCAUAUUUUGCUAAUUGUGAUGAUAAUUCCAUUUGUGAGCACUGGAAUGAAUGUGGAAGUUUGUGUUACAAGAAUUCAUCUCACCAAAAUGGAAAAAGGAAAAGAUUAGCACACAAAA